ACGGCUCUUUCACCGAUGCGGUUCGGUUCCCAAUUUCACCAAAGAGAUCCGUUAAAACAAAACAAAAAAAAGAGUCGUUUGUCAACGAGCAUCUACUGCGCUGACUCUGCUGAUGGUGACAACAAAGCUGUUUUGACAUGAUGCUCACUGUACCCGGCGCCGGAAUUAUCAUAUUAUUUGCUUGGCUCUCUCCAUGUUACGCUCUCUAUUUUCACAUUGGGGAGACGGAGAAAAAAUGCUUUAUAGAGGAAAUUCCAGAUGAAACUAUGGUUAUUGGGAAAUACAGGACCCAGCUGUGGGACAAGCAGACCGGAUCGUUCCUCCCAGCCACACCUGGCCUUGGAAUGCAUGUGGAGAUCAAGGAUCCAGAUACUAAGAUCAUCCUGUCUCGUCAGUAUGGGUCAGAUGGACGGUUCACCUUCACAUCCCAUACCCCAGGCGAGCAUCAAAUCUGCCUGCACUCCAACUCCACCAAGAUGGCCCUGUUUGCUGGUGGCAAACUGAGAGUCCACCUGGAUAUUCAGGUUGGUGAGCAUACCAACAACUACCCUGAAAUCGCAGCAAAAGACAAGCUCACAGAGCUGCAAUUGAGAGCUCGACAAUUACUGGACCAAGUAGAACAAAUCCAGAAAGAGCAAAACUAUCAGCGGUAUCGUGAGGAGCGGUUCCGCAUGACAAGUGAGAGCACCAACCAGCGUGUGCUUUGGUGGUCGAUAGCUCAGACGCUUAUUCUCAUCGUCACUGGCAUCUGGCAGAUGAAGCACCUCAAGAGCUUCUUUGAGGCCAAGAAGUUGGUGUAAUGCUGUCAGGCCAUCACUGAUUGAGUUUAAGACAGUCAUCACACCCAUACAGAGCUGACUGGCAGAGAGACAAGGUGUUGAUGUGAUUUAGUAGAUGCUUAAAAAGGGCAAUUCCGCCACUUUUAACGUCAAGUGUACAUAUGUGAAACCAGCUCAUUUGUGGUUAAAUUGAUAAGGUCCUAAAAAAAAAAUGCUUCUCUGUGGAUUAGAAGUAAAAAGGGAUUUUCCAAACCUGCAAUUAUUUUCUUGCUCCCCAUGUCACCACACAUCUGCUUGAAAAUCAGUUUUUAAAGUGUUAACUUUUAAUGGCAUCAGGUAGAACUUCACUUAAUUUUUUUAAUAAACCAAUGUGCCAUUUCACAUAUGUCAACAAUGGUAUUAUGCUGGAGAUAAACGAGGUUGAGAAGUGGUGGAGUUGCCCUUUAAAUGGGCAAUCUGCAGCUGAAGGAUAGGGCUGGAGAAAUUUAACCACACUAAAAUUUUUAGUCAAAGCUAUAAAUUCAAGGACUGACCAACUUUGAGAUCAAAAUUGUUUACAUUUACUUUGUUUAUAAACAAUGAAGUAAAACAAGCUUUUAUUUUAGGUUCUGAUGAUGAGGUACAACAGUUGAACUAAGCUCAUGAGGCAUUUGUAAGUUAUUCAAGAAUCAAUGGGUACAUAUUCAUUUGUAAAUCUAAAAAUGUAACAACUGCAGAUUGCCCCUUUUAACCCUGGGAAGCAAAUUAAUUGAUGCCAUCCAGUGCGUUUUGUAUUGUCCAUUAUUAUUCAGUGAUUUUAAUUAUUGUGUUAAGGAGUAAGCAGCACCUGUGUCCAUUUUGUUGUAUUAGGUCUACUGCUGUGUAGUUGUUGUAUAAAACUUUGUUAUAAUAAUAAUAAUAAUAUGCCAUUUAGCAGACGCUUUUAUCCAAAGCGACUUACAGUCAUGUGUGCAUACAUUCUAUGUAUGGGUGGUCCCGGUGAUUGAACCCACUACCCUGGCGUUACAAGCGCCAUGCUCUACCAACUGAGCAUAUAAGCAGUGGCAAAAGUAAACAUGACAUUUUUGUGUCACUUUGAACUAAGUAGUCAGAUCCACAUUACUAGUAUUUUGUAGAUCUGGGUCUUUCUGAAAACUGUAUACUUUUGGUUUAAAACGCUUGUAUUUAUUUGGACUAUAUUGUGUUUUAGUCUACUAACAUGAUUGUAACAUAGAUAAUAAUUGGGAUAUCUUAAUGACUAACCUGUUCAUGCCCAAACACCAGUUCACAAGUAGAAUAGCAUCCACAACCUUACCUUCUGUUGAAGAGCAGUAUCAUUCCAGAAAAUAGGACAUCAUUUAUAUUUCCAGAGGUCCAAACAGCCCCGUUUAAAAAAAAAAUUUUUUUAAAGACCAACUAAUUCAAUUAGGUGCAGAUUAAAUUUGAAUGUUGUGAAAUGAAUGCCCAUGAUAAAAUACCCUUGAGUUAUUCAGAACUGAACAAGGGUUUAGCUUACAAUCUAGAUAUCAGUAAGAUGUGAAUACAACUACUGUAGUGUUAUGACAAGGAAUAAAGUCAAAGUUUUAAUUUGUCAUUAUUAAGGUUGUUUACUUUUGGUUGGCUGUCAUUUCAAUGUACUCAAUAAAAAUGGAAAUAAUGUACUCAAUAAAAAUAACAAUAAUAAUGUACUCAAUAAAAAUGGAAGUUUUUGAUUCCCA